AGAAGUGCCCCCGCCCGCGCCCCAGACCCAGCCCGAGGCCAGGCCGCCGCCGCGAUGAGGGUCCUCCACGCCCUCCUCGCCUUUUCCUGCCUCCUGCUCGGCGUUGAUGGCGGCAAGAAGUUCAAGGUGGACCCCAAGCAGACCAGGGUGUACGGCCCGGGCCUGGAGCCGCACGAAGUGGUCUUCCCGGCGCGGUACUUCUUCAUCGAGCCGCGCGACACCAAGGGCAACAGAAUCCAGAAGUCCGUGGGCGCGUCCUUCAAGGUGCAGGUGGAGGGCCAGGGCGGGGACGGGUCCUACUGCCGCGUGUGGGUGCAGGUGCUGGACCGCUACGACGGCACCUACAUCGCCAGGUACCGCACUUAUCAGACCUGCCGGAGCACCUUGAUCCAUGUUCUGUACAAUGGCCAGCCUGUCGCUGACUCACCCUACAAGAUACCCGACCCUGUGUACUCAGAGCAUUGUUACUGUCCUGAGGGCGACAUUACAACGUGGCAGGAAACAGUGGACUGCCCUGCAGACUACCCACAGAUCCAAAAAGACCUUGCACUCUUCCGUCAAGUGGAUUUUGACUUUGUUCUUAAUGCAGCAACAAAGCGGUUUGAUGCUGCAGGAUCACGAAGCUUUUGUAAUUAUGUCAUCAAAGACAACCAGAUAUACCGGAAAUGUUAUGGUCAGCACGUUGGCUUCAAUAUGUUCAUGGACAACGUACUGCAGUCUCUGCUACGCAAGAUGCUCAUACCUGACACAGAAUUCAUUGUCAACCUUGGUGACUGGCCUCUUGUGGACCCCAAGGUGGUGCCGCUGUUGCCAAUCUUCUCGUGGUGUGGCUCUGAAGACACAGAAGAUAUCGUUCUACCAACCUAUGACUUGACAGAAGCUACACUGGAGAUGAUGGGCAGGGUGACCCUUGACAUGCUGUCUGUCCAAUCAAACAAUGAGGUGCCAUGGGAUCUGAAAAAGCCUAAGGCGUUCUGGCGUGGCCGUGACUCUCGAAGGGAGCGUUUGGAUCUCAUCGCUCUUGCUCGGCAACACUCUCACCUCAUCAAUGCCUCCCUCACCAAUUUCUUUUUCUUUAAGGAAGAAGAAAAGGAGUUUGGGCCAAAAGAAAAACACAUUUCAUUCUUCAAGUUCUUUAAUUACAAAUAUCAGAUCAGCAUUGAUGGGACAGUGGCAGCUUACCGGCUGCCUUACCUGCUUGCCGGCUCUGGUGUGGUGCUGAAGCAGGAUUCCCCAUACUAUGAGUUCUUUUACCAUGACCUGGAGCCUUUUGUCCACUACAUCCCCUUCAAGCGGGACCUCUCAGACCUCAUUGAGAAGAUUGAGUGGGCGAGAGCAAACGAUGAUAAAGUAAAAGUUAUAGCAGAGAAUGGGAGAAAAUAUGCCCAAGAGAACUUAAUGCCAAAAGAUGUUUAUUGUUACCAUGCUGCUUUAUUAAAGGAGUGGAGCAAGAGACUCACAUCUGAGGUGAAGGUACGUCCAGAUAUGGAACAUAUUCCCAUUGAGGAAAAUGAAAAACGGUUUGGUGCCUGUCAGUGCCAUCGCCUCACUCGCCACGAUGAGUUGUGAGUUGCUCAUCCAAGUGAAAGGAAGAUGGAAUGGUGUCAUCUCUAUUCUCCUCCACCCUACCAAGUGAACAAGGCAAAUCACUUGACAGGUGAACCUACUGGGCAGCUGUAGUCUUAGUGUAUUGUUGCAUCUAUUGAAAAUGAGUCAUUCUUAUUUUUAUCAUCCGUCCUACAAUGGUGCUCUUCUCAUCUACUUGAAAACUUUCUAAUGACAAACCAAUUUGAAUACUCCUUCAUCUUUCAUACUUUAAACUUCUCAGUUACAAGUGAGAAGAUGCAUUCAUCACUGUAGUCAGUAGUUAGUGGCAUUCACUGUUAUUAAUAUUUAUUGUUAUAGUUCACAACUAAUGUUGUCGGUAUAAGAUUAUGGAAUUCCAGCUCACUUGCCAUUUUAUUACUGCAGCACAAUUUUAGAGGGUGUUUUUCCUUUACUUGGGCUAUCCUUGAUGUAAAAGAUUAAUAAGAAAAAUUAUAUUUGAAUUGCUAUAAUUUUUAGUGCCAUCAAUUUUUGUGUAAAUGAAUGAUGAGCUUUGGCCCUGUUCUCAACUUAUUACUAAUUUCAGUUUUGCAAAAUAAGAACACUGGAACUGCAAGUGAGCACUGCAAUACAUUUUAGUUUUAUAUACAUAUAAAAUUGUUAAUUCACAAUGUUCAGUUUGUAAGCAAGCUUGUAAAACACAGUGACGGGUUAACAGUGACUCCAUGUUUGUGCCACAAGGCCUCAGGAAAAACUCCAUUGUAGUUUCUGCAGUCUAGACAGCAUGCAUUGGUUUGUUGUUUCACUGUAGUUGCUGUAGUAAUGGAGAAAGUGGAAUAAAUCUGAUUGAACCUAAAAUAAAAGCAAUAACUUUA